UAAAAAGGGAGAGCUAAUUGAAGGCUAGAAUAUAUUUUUAUCAGGACUACCAAGCAAUGGUGGCACAGCUUGAACAUCAAUUUCGCUUAGGAAAACUUUCCAUACAAGGAUUAUGGUUUUACUGCCAGCCAAUGAUGGGUUCAAUGCAAGCACUGUCUAUGGUGGUGAAAAAGGCUGCAGCCAGUAACUGUGUUGGUUCUGCAGUCCUUAACCUCUUGCAAAGCCAGGCAAAGGCAAUGGCUGGUGAUCACGUAGUGAGGUCUUUGCUGGAAAAGAUGUCACAAUCAGCAAGCACUGCGUAUCUUGGAAUAUUAGAGAGGUGGGUGUAUGAAGGAGUGAUUGAUGAUCCUUAUGGUGAAUUCUUUAUUGCUGAGAACAAGUCUCUUCAGAAGGAGAGUCUUACUCAAGAUUAUGAUGCCAAGUACUGGCAACAACGUUACAGCCUGAAAGAUGAAAUUCCUAGCUUCCUUGCAAAUGCAGCGGAAACAAUUUUGAUCACUGGAAAAUAUUUAAAUGUCAUGAGAGAGUGUGGACAUAGCAUUCAGAUCCCUGUGGCAGAAAAGUCAAAGUUGACAAGUGCAGGCUCAAAUCAUCACUAUUUGGAGUGCAUCAAGUCUGCUUAUGAUUUUGCCAGUGGCGAACUAUUAAAUCUUGUUAAAAACAAGUAUGAUCUCAUGGGUAAACUGCAAUCUAUUAAGCACUAUCUUCUUCUUGAUCAGGGUGAUUUCUUAGUGCACUUCAUGGAUACAGCUAAAGAGGAGCUCAUGAAGAAGCCUGAUGAGAUCUCUGUGGAGAAGCUACAGUCUCUUCUAGACCUUGCUUUGCGAUCUACUGCAGCUGGUGCAGAUCCUUGCCAUGAGGACUUAUUAUGUUGUGUGGAGAGGACUACUUUAUUGAAAAGAUUGAGUACAUUGAAAGAUCUUGAAAUCAGCCGGUCUGCUCCAGAUAGCAAUGAUUUAGAGGAGCCACUGAGCAUUACUGGCUUGGAAACUUUUUCUUUGAAUUACAAGGUUAGAUGGCCCUUAUCUCUUGUAAUAUCACGGAAAGCCUUGACAAAAUAUCAGUUGAUUUUCAGAUUUCUAUUUCACUGUAAGCAUGUUGAUAGGCAACUCUCUGGGGCAUGGCAAGUACAUCAGGGUCUCCGCAAGCUUGACAUGCAAGGAACUACAGUUUCUGUAUCAUCUUUGUUAUGUCGCAAUAUGCUGAAGUUCAUAAAUAGUCUCCUACACUAUUUGACAUUUGAGGUGCUUGAACCUAACUGGCAUGUAAUGCUCAGUAGACUUCAAACAGCGAAAAGCAUUGACGAGGUUAUCCAAUACCAUGACUUUUUUCUUGAUAAGUGCUUGAGGGAAUGUGUGCUUCUAUCACCAGCCCUUCUUAAGAAAGUGGAGAGGUUGAAAUUGAUUUGUCUGCAAUAUGCAGCUGCAAUGCAACGGCUGAUUACCUCCUCGUUGGAUACUACUGACAAUGACACAUUGUCUAAUGAUUCUCCCAGUAAAGAAAAAUAUAAGAACUUGAAACUAAGGACCCCAUAUCAGAUGCUGAGGCUAGCUCCUGAAAACGUCACAGUAUUAGAAUCCGUUCUGAAAUUUGAGAAGGAAUUUUCGUUUGAGCUUCAUAGCCUGGGACCGAUAUUAAGCAGUGGCUCUCGAGCAGAACCAUACUUGACUCAUCUUGCACAGUGGAUCCUUGGUGUGGGAAAAGACCAGUAAGCUGAUUGUAUUUGUUGCCUACAAACUUAGUUUUAAAAUUGCAGUUUUAGUAAUCUUUCUUUUUAUUUAUGUCUGUUCAAUUUCUUCUUCUUAAAAACUGGGUUGAGCUUGUAGAGUGUGAUCAUUCUGAAAUCAAAUCAAGCUUUUCUUUUUAUUUACGUCUGUUUGAUAGAUACUGAAGUAAAUAUGU